AUGGUUCAAAAUCCCAUUCGCACCCCGAUCUGGGUGCUUGCCUUCGCCAUGGUGGCUGCGUUUUACUACACCAAGAUGAUGGACAUCCCCGUCUACCCGGCAUUCAUAGUGUCGGCCGCCUACAUCGUCGUGCUCUACUGGGUCAUCUGGAGAGGAUGGCUGUUUCCUGUGUACUUCUCCGAGUUGCGCCAUGUCCCGACCGUUGGGGGCUUUCCCCUUUGGGGCCAGCUGAUCCCCAUCGUCUUCGAGGAGUGCGGUCUGCCCCAGCGCCGCUGGCACAGGCAGCACGGCCCUAUCAUUCGCUACUAUCUCCCGUUCGGCUGCGAGAGACUCUCCGUGGCCGGUGACCUGCACAUCCGCCACCUGACUGUUAAGAACCCCUACAACUUCCCCAAGCCCGUCCGGGCCAAGUUGUGGAUGGUUCGCAUUCUCGGCGAGGGUGUACUCCUCGCCGAAGGCGCCGAGCACGCCUACCAGCGCAAGACGCUCAACCCCGGGUUUUCCAUCUCGGCGAUCCGCACCUUCACGCCCAUCUUCUGGGAGAAGGCUCUCAAGAUGUCCGACCUGCAGCACAGCGAGAUGAAGGAUGCUGGAGAAUCAUCCAUCAAGUUGGAAAUCCUGGAGUGGCUCAACCGGUGCACUCUCGACAUCAUCGGCGAGGCCGGUUUCGGCUACAACAUCAACUCGCUCGGGGAUCCCACGCUCCCCAUCCGCCAUGCGUACAAGCUGGUGUUCAACUUCGACCUGGCUUCGCGCGUCCUGCACGGGAUCCAAGCCUUCUUCCCCAGCUCGAAGCACAUCCCCGCCCAGAUGAACCGCGAUAUGGAGCUGGCCCGCAGCAUCAUCCUGAACGAGGCGACCAAGAUCAUCGACGAGAAGCUCUCGGAGGCCGAGCAGACGCCCAACGCUAAGGACGUCCUCGCGCUCAUCGCCCAGGAGAACCUGAAGCUCAAGGGCAAGGGCGAGGCCGGCCUGUCCUUCGAGACGAUGCGCGACCAGAUCAUGACCUUCCUCGCGGCCGGCCACGACACCACGGCCACGGGCGCCGCCUGGACGAUCCACCUGCUCUCGAUCCACCCGGAGAUCCAAGACCGGCUGCGCGCCGAGAUCCGCUCCUACAUGCCGUUCCUCUUCCACCGCCACUGGACGUUCGACCCGGCCGAGCCCCUGACCGACCCGGACCGGCUGCCCUACCUCGACAACGUGUGCCGCGAGUCGCUGCGGUACAUCCCGCCGAUCCCGAUGACGGUGCGGGAGUCGGUGGCGGACGACGUGAUCGAGGGGUACAAGGUGCCCGCGCGCACCGUCAUCUACAUGCUGGCCAACGCCAUCAACCGCAUGGCCUGGUUCUGGGGCGGCGACGCCAACACCUUCGACCCGGACCGGUGGGACUCGCCCGACGCGACCGCCUGCCCCAACGCCUUCAUGACUUUUCUGCAGGGCCCGCGCGGCUGCCUCGGCCGCAAGUUCGCCGAGGUCGAGAUGAAGAUCCUGCUGUGCGUCCUGCUCAGCCGCUGGGAGUUUACGCGCGACUGCUCCACCCCGGACCCGGAGGACUGGAAGAUGUGGCGCCUGGUGCUGCGGCCCAGGGACGGCAUCACCGUCGUGGCGAGGCCCCAGUACGACUUCAUCGUGUUGCCGGAGGAGCGUGACGGAGAUUGCUCGGCGCAGUACCGGGAUUGCUCAGAGGGGGGUCGAGAUGGCUCGGAUGAGGACUGGGAUCGCCUGGAGGAGGACGGAGAUCUCUCGGAGUCGGACGAUGGCUCCUUGGAGGAGGACGAUGGCUCCUCGGAGUCGGACGAUGGCUCCUGGGAUGAGGACUGGAAUGAGGAGUCGGAGGAGGACGAGGACGAGGAGAUGGUGGGGGUGUACAUGUAUGCGGGAGUUACUAUUGUGAUCGAGCAGCGUUUCGGAAUGCUUAACUUGGGCGAUCGGGAGGAGAGAUUGGAGGAGGUUAGGAGGUUGAUGGAGGAGUCGAUGGUAGAGAUCUUGGGUCAGAUUACGGGGGCGCUAGAUGAGUUGGAGGACGACCCGGUGUGGCAGGGGCAUGGGGAGAUUGAGAUUGUGGUAAGGAACGAGAGUUUCGUGCUUUUCCCAGGGGACGGUGUAAGCCCGCUACUCGUCGGGCCUCCAGAGUAG